AUGUAUGCACCGUGCACUUCGAUAAAGUGGGUCCAUUCUCCUUUGGAUUCUUCUCUCGACCUGGCCUCGACUCAGUCACAUGGUCACCCCGUCGAGGUUGAAACAACCCACACAAGCCCUCCAAUGGACAUGAACGACGGCACAUUGCUACAGCAGCAUUAUCCAAUGCCACGCAACGUCAGAAAGAUGUCAACACGGCACAACAAGCACAUGCACUCGCACACAACUUGUCGUUCAACGUCCAUUUUCCACAGUUGUCGACAGCCGUGCCGAGUCGGCGCCGACGGGGUCUUCCGGUAUCCACACCUCACCAGCUGUCAAUCAUUCAACCGGGUCUGA